AUGGCCUCGCGAAAUCAGUUUGUCUUUGACGGCUUCGCCCCGCCUCGCUCGACCCUCCAGCGCUUCAUAUACAAUGCCUGCGACCCUAUCGCCAACCUCGAACCUAAUCUCGCAUUGAACCUCGAGAUCGUCGACCUGGUAAACUCGAAGAAGGGAAAUGCCCCGCGUGAAGCCGCAUUCACCAUUGUGCAGCUCAUCAACCACCGGAACCCAAACGUGUCCCUCUUGGCCUUGUCGCUACUCGAUAUCUGUGUCAAAAACUGCGGUUAUCCCUUCCACCUCCAAAUCAGCACCAAAGAAUUCCUCAACGAGCUCGUCCGACGAUUCCCUGAACGACCCCCGCUACGGCCGACUCGUGUGCAGAGCAAGAUCUUGGAAGCCAUUGAAGAAUGGCGCUCGACGAUAUGUCAAACAUCCAGGUACAAGGAGGAUUUGGGUUUUAUCCGAGAUAUGCACAGGCUUCUGCUGUACAAGGGCUACAUGUUCCCAGAGGUGCGGAGAGAGGAUGCUGCUGUCCUGAAUCCCAGCGAUAACCUCCAAUCGGCUGAAGAGAUGGAGGAGGAAGACCGAGCGGCGCAAUCAGCCAAGCUACAAGAACUGAUUCGGCGAGGACGGCCGCAAGAUCUACAAGAGGCCAAUAGACUCAUGAAGGUCAUGGCUGGCUAUGACACGAGGCACAAGACCGACUAUCGGGCAAAGGCCGCGGAGGAGGUUGCAAAGGUCCAGCAGAAAGCAAGGAUAUUAGAGGAGAUGCUUCAAAGCCAUCAACCGGGCGAGAAGUUUGGCGAUGGUGAUGUUUUCGAGGAGUUGGUCGGUGCGCUCCAGAGCGCUCAUCCCAAGAUACAGAGGAUGUGCGAGGAAGAGUCUGACGAUGCCGAGGCGGUCGCUAAGCUCUUCGAAAUCAACGACAGCAUCCAUCGGACGAUUGAGAGGUACAAGUUGAUGAAAGCUGGAGACAUCGAAGCAGCCAACAGGAUCGAAAAGGGAACCCUGGGCACCACGACCGGGGUCAGCAAAAACGCAGCAAACGAAUUGUCGUUGAUCGACUUCGAGCCAGAACCUCCAGCAGCGCAAACGAUACCAAGUCAAUCGAACGGCUCCCUCCUCGAUGCUGGUCCUGCUUCAUCCACUGCACAGCCCAAACCAACGACGGUCGAAGAUGACUUGCUAGGUCUGUCGCUGGACGACCCUGGAGCCGGCACACUGGGCGCGAUCUCUCUAGGACCAAGCACGAAUUUUUCAGCUCCUUCAGGGUCGAUUUUCUCGACCACCUCUAAUAUUGCCCCAACCCAGCCGGCUUCCACGCAAACUGCACCUCAGACUUCACCGAAAUCCAAUUACGACGCUUUUGCAUCACUCGUCAGCCCCAUCCCUUCUUCCAAACCUGCGACUCCAGCUCCCAUGGCACAGCCGCCACGACCUGCAAGUCAAGCAUUGGCCGAUCCGUUUGCGGCGCUGGUGUCAUCCAACUCGCGGCCUUCAACGCCGUCAAGACAAGUCAACACCCCACAACCAUCCACACAGCCAACUUCGGGCAUGAAUCGAAGUCCCGCUGCACCAGCCGAAGACGAAUGGACUUUCGAGUCGUCGCUGCCUGAACCACAAACGGUUCAAGUGCUUUCCUCACCUCUCGGGAUCGAUUUUGAAGCGCGACGGACACCAGGGCAGAGUGCGAUCCAGAUAACGGCGCGUUUCUCCAACACGACGCCGCAAAAAAUCACCGGGUUACAUUUCCAAGUUGCCGUGGAGAAGAGCUACUCACUCCACCUAAAGCCACAAACCGGGCGCGAACUCGCUCCCAAGACGCACCACGCUGUCCAGCAGGAGAUUCUGCUCAACGGGGUGCCAGAAGGGAAAGGCAACCAGGUCAAGAUGCGUUUCAAAGUAUCUUACGAACUGAACGGACAAGGACAAGAGCAACAGGGUAAUGUUCCGCCGCUAGGGGUUAGUUAA